CGGGGGGUGCUGGGUCGGGAGCAGCACUGCCCUGGAGCUGUGACCCGGGAAACAGGAGUCUCUGGAUUAGGUCAGGGGUGAUACAAUUAAAUUUAGUUUCCAAGUUUCUCUUGGCUGCUGUCCAGCAAGCCAGGGCUGGGAGAAGUCUUGUCUAGAACAGCUGCUUCCCGCUCUGUCCUUCAGCUGCAGGUGCUGCACUGCGUGUCCCUUGUCCCCUGGCUGUGGCCAUGCACUUUCCACCCCUCCUGUAAAUCCCUUCCCUGGAGAGCCCUGGGCAGCAGGAGCACCAGGUCAGAGAUGAGGGCCACUGCUGGCCAGUGGGAGGCAAUGCCCCUUGGUGGUGCCAGGCUGGCAGGAGCUGCUCCUGCCUUCUCCAGGGCAGGCUCUUGCCCUGGCAGUGCAGGUGUCCGAGCUGCAGCUCUGCUCAGAUCACCUUGAGCCGCGGGCACAGCGGAGCGGUUAAUGAUUGAUCACCUGUGCCCUGCCCUGCCCUGCCCGGCGUGGGGAGCGAGGGCUGCAGCCCCGGGGAGCAGGAGGAUGCUGCUGCUGCUGCUGCUGGCUCUGCUGGGCCCCGCUGGCUGCCCCAGGACAGAGCCCCUGAGCGGCUCCAGCCAGGAGCCGCUGUUCCGCGGCGCCGACCGCUACGACUUCGCCAUCGUCAUCCCCGCGGGCAGCGUGGAGUGCUUCUGGCAGUUCUCACACCAGGGAGGCAACUUCUUCUUCAGCUACGAGGUCCAGCGGGCCACGGGGAUUGGCAACAACAGGAACAUCCUGGUCACAGCGAGAGACCCCAAUGGCUUCCAGCUUGGAGAGUCCCAGGACGUGCGGGGACAGAUCAACUUCCCCACCAAGGACACAGGUUUCUACCAGCUCUGCCUGGACAACCAGCAAAACCACUUUGGCUUAAUGCAGGUGUAUCUCAACUUUGGUGUGUACUACGAUGACUUCAGCAUGGAGCACAAGCAGCCAGCAGAGAGGAAGGAGCUGAACGACACCCUGGAUGCAAUUGGGAUGAGCAUCCAGAGGCUGCAGAUCCACACCUUCCACAUGUGGCGCUUCUACAACUUUGCCCGGAUGAGGAAAGGGGCUGAUUUCUUCCUCCUGGAGUCCAACUACAACUACAUCAACUGGUGGUCCAUGGCCCAGAGCUGUGUCAUUGUCCUCUCCGGGGUGCUGCAGCUCUGCUUCCUCAAGCGCCUCUUCCACGCGCAAACCUCGGGCAGCCAGAAGUGCUAGAGCAGGGCAGGGACCCCCCUGCAGAGCCAGCUCACCUGGCUGCCACUCUGUCCCACCACAGAGCUGGAGCAAAGGCUGGAUUCUGCUUCCAGGAGGAGGUUGGAGAGUUCUCCCUGCUCCUGCCUCAGCUUUAGCCCUGGCAUCGCCCCAGGAAAAGUCAGAGGCCACACUGUCACCUGUGUGCUGUGUGGGUUUGUCACAUCCCUGCCCACUGUUAGUGUCUUAAUGGGCCUUUUCUACCAGACUCCCAAUAAAGGAGCCCCCAGCAGAGUCCGGGGAGCGACUGGUGCCUGCUAAAGCCAUCCUGCCUCUGUGAGACUAAAAGCUGCUGAGCACUCCCUCCCCUGAAGCUCAUCCUCA